CCUAAUGUGAGCUAUAACUAAUACAUGUAAGCUAUUUAUUAGCUAAUAAAUGUGUUUGCCACGUUUAUCAUCUUUGUAUAUAUUCAUAUCAAUUUACAUUUAUCAUCUUAGUAUAUGUUACCAUGGUUCCCUCCAACCACAGACAACAUGAAGUCUUCCUUUAAGACAAAUUGACCCAGAGAGCACGUUAGAUUAACGUUUCUUGGAAAUAACAUUUUGGGUGGAAAAUGGUCAUUUUGCAAAUGAAUGUAGGAUUUAGUUUUUACAUAUUUUUCCUCAGUCAGAUCAGUUGGGCAUCCAACCUCCAAUGUCAUCAGUUUUGCAUCUAGCGAACCAAAGCAGUGUGUAUUAAAAUGAUUGAUCUGACCACAAUUGUGACUCAUAAAAGUCACCUGUGUUUAAAUCUCUCAAUUUUGAUUGAGAGAUUCCAGAUUUGGCCAUAAAAUCUUUUUUUACACACAUGAAGUAAGAUUCGUCUUUCCAAUAGCUAAUUGUUAAAGUUAUAUUCCUCUUUAUAACUUGGCCGAUAUUUUUUGGGGGGCGGGCAGCCAUAAUAAAAUGAGGCAAAAAAUAAACAAUAACAACACAGUCACUGAAUCUGAUUUAAAGUUCCUUUUUUUCUGGCCCCUGUGGAUAUGUAUAAAACAUCUUUGUUCUUUGAGUUUACCAGUGGCCCUGCAGAACUGAGGCCACUGAAGGGUAUGGCAGACUCUGCGUAUUGUACAUGCAGGUGUGUGGCAGUGGGAGUGAUGCUGCGGAACGUGGGAAACUCCUCUGACAUUCCCGGGCCUGAUAAAUACUACCUCCCUGCUUGGCCGGUCCCGGCUCAGAGUGACCAUGAUCCUACCGCAGCGGUGGCUGAUUUGGGCUGUAGGUGAGUGAACCUACCAUAAAAAAGGAAAACCCCUUGGAUCUGUGGCUGUGUUUUUAGCUUUAAAAUUGUUUUGCGUGUGCAUAUUCUUAUGGGCAUGGUGUAGUUCAUAACCAUAGUAAUAAAAUAAUCAUGCUAGUUUCUCACUGUAUUUUUACAGUGAGAUACUCUCUAUGAAAACAUUCCUAGAAAAAGUGUCUUUCUAGUGGAUCAUACGGCAUGGAACGGCGAACAGAUGAUGUGAUCAGCAGCUAUUUGUAUUUCUUCCUCCUGCCAGCAUGCACCUUUAUAUGCAGCUCCGACCGGUCUUUUCUUCAGAAGAGACAGUGUGCAUUUCAAGUGGGUCCUCGGAACCACAAGUACAAAACCGCUGGCAAUGUGAGUGGGUCGGUGCAGCUAUGCAAGAACACUCAAUGCUGCGUGGCCUAUUACGUGAUCAUCGAUGACCAACCAAAGCUUGACGUUCUCGCUUGUGACCUUGUUGAAAAGUCCUGCCCAGAUGCAAUCUGCAAGGGACAGACACGUUUCGACGGUGAAGUCCUUUGGUGUACGUGCAACACAGACUUCUGCAAUAGCAACAUCACUCUGACCCCAGAGUUGGAAAAGCCGCAACCCCCCUACUUCAAUAUUAAAGAUCAAAUCAUGAAAGCUUUACUUGUGCCGUUGCUUUUGCUGUGCUUCCUGCUGGUCAUUGCAGUCAAAUGGAGAUGGCUAUUUAAAAAGAAAGUGUCUUGCGACGGUUCCUGCCAAGUAACGAAAACCUCAGAGAUUGACAUUGCCGACAUUGAGCUACAUCAGAUUGUGGGCCACGGGUAUUUUGCAACUGUUUGGCAGGGAAAAUACAAAGGAUCCAUUGUGGCAGUCAAAGAUUUCCCUGCAGGCCGGAAACAUAGGUUUACUGCAGAGAAGGAGGUCUAUGAGCUUCCACUGAUGAAUCAUGCAGGGAUUAUCCCCUUUCUAGGCUCCGGGAGUAAACCCAAAGGUGGCGGAUGGUUCAUUGUCCUGCAAUUUGUUGAAAGUGGUUCUCUCCACUCCUAUCUGUGUAAACACAGCCCCAACUGGAUGUUGACACUGAAGUUGUGCCAGUCUUUAUCGCAGGGACUCGCCUAUCUGCACUCUGACCUUCACAAACCUGAUGCGCAUAAGCCUCCUGUGGCCCACAGAGAUCUCAGCAGCUCCAACGUGCUUGUGACAGCAGACGGUACGUGUGUCCUGUGUGAUUUUGGAUGCUCGACGAUCGUGCCUUGUUGUCCAGGAAAUCGCAGCUCGCAGAGCCAGACAACAAUCAUGGAGGGCCCUGCUCAGAUGGGCACGCUGCACUACAUGCCCCCUGAGAUCCUGGAAGGCUCAGUAAACCUAAACAGCAGCUGGUGUCUCAUACAUGCGGACAUCUAUGCCCUGGCACUGCUGCUGUGGGAAAUCUUGAUGCGCUGCUCUGAUUUAUUCGAAGGCGGUGUUGCUCCGCAGCAUCUGCUGCCUUACGAGUCUGAGCUGGGAGCCGUGACGCUGGACAGCCUCAUGCAAUUUGUGUGUCACAUGGACGAGAGACCCGCCGUCCCAAGACAUUGGGAACUGCUGCCACAGGGACCUGUGCUGCAGGAGCUCCUGACAGAUUGUUGGGACGGUGAAGCGGAUGCUCGACUGAGUGCAGCAUGCGUCAUGGAAAGAUUAGCAUCUCUUCAGUCUCGUUACACGCCAUGACUUUUGUCUUUCUUUUUUUUGUUAUUUGUGUACUAGGAGCAAUAGGAUGUAGUUUUUUACAAAUUACUUUUUAACCUUUCAUAGUAAAACAUCUUGGUGGUAGUAUGGUAAAUUAUAGCUCUGCUUCAUUAAGACAUCAGUGUCAAUAUGUAUUCUUCUUUGGGGGACAGAAAAGGUUUUUGACAUGACAACGUAUUAAGCACAAUAAUGGGAUACUUGAAUUAAACAGAACCGUUGGUGUUUUUAGAAGCACAUUGAAGUCAAAUUGUAUGUUGUAAAAAUAAAAGGCCCUUGCCUCAAACUCUGAAGCUUAUAUUUAAAUUAAACACUGCCGUAAUUAAUAUUGUUCAUUUUUUUGUCUGUAUAUUUGUAUCUUAUUUUAUUUUAUCUUAUUUUUUAUUCAAUGUCUCGUAAAACUGCACAAAUCCCCUGAACAAAUUCCUGUAUCUGUAACUUACGU